ACCGCAGUCGCGUGCCAUAUGAUAUCUAUCAUGUACGCCCGAUAGAUCUACACAGCGUGUCAUGUAUAGCGAUCUAUAGUAUUUUUUAUUCAUAUCAAAAUAUUAUUACAUACAUUUAUAAUUUUUAUAAUAUAUAGUGUAACCGUCCGACUGUCGUCUGGUCAACACACGCGUUUCAACCUCUGUGUCGAAGAAACUCAUCCGCACACAAACAUUCAAAAACUACAAUAAUAUACCAUCAUAUUUUAAUUUAUAUGCGCACUCCGAACUGUUGUCGUGAUGAAAUGAGUUUGGUGGAAUAUCCAAGGUCUGAACAUGUCCGUUUGCGAUUGCUGGGCCAGUUUCAAGUUUUCUCAAAUUAUUUUGUGUUUGAGUUGUCUGCUCUAUAAGAGAUGGUCGGACGCAGAAGCCACCAGACUGUUUUAUUUCUUCGAGAAGUCAUCCCGAGAAUGGCCGUUGCUCAACAACAUUACUAGAAACGGGGCUGGAUCCUUGUUCGCGGACGUUACUUUCGGCGGUUACAUAAUAAUAUGCGUGGCGCUGUACAUAGCGUACUUGAUGGGCGAGCUGAAGAAUAGCAAAAAAACUGAAUCGUUUUUGUUGGUCAUCGGUGCGGCGCUGUUUAUUGCCGUCGGCUGUCUGGUGUUGACCGCCGUGGACAGCGUACCCGGGAACCUGGUCAUCAACGCGCUCGUGUUGGGCAUCCUGUCCAUAGUGACGGGCAUGGUGUUCGUGCUGGACACGUGUCUGUCGACCAGGCGAAAUGAUAAGGAGUCGCACCUGUUACCGAAGAACACUCGGUACGGCGACAUUGCACGUACUAGGGCCGCCGUCGACAGUGCGAUGCAAACCAACGGGACGAACAGAUUGCACGCCAACGGGACGAACGGAUUGAACGCCAACGGAAUGAACGGGGUACACACCAACGGAACGAACGGGGUGCAUGUCAACGGGAAGAACGGGGUGCAUGCCAACGGGAUGAACGGGGUGCACGUCAACGGGACGAAGGGCGUUCAGAAGUGGGAGACGACGGAAGAAAACAAGGAAAAAAAUGGCUUGCUGCGGACGACCGCGGCUACGAUCGGUCGGGUGGUGGAAACUAAAAACGAGAGCGUUCAGACAACGAUGAACAGGGACCGCGGCGGACGACCGGAAGAAGACCACGACGACGUUGACGGGGUGGUGCCACAACAGUACGGUCGGAGGUACUUGGACGACCGCGGGUUCGACGUGGGUCGCGGACAUAGGCACGCGGACUGGUACGACACGGACAUGGAUCUACCAAAAAUGAAGAAACUCGAGAUCAAUGUGCCGACAGAGGAGUCUCCAGACUACCGUCGCAGAUUUGUAAACAUUAAGAAUGGUGCUAAACUACAAUCACCCAGUAUUACGAGCACUGUGCAACAUCAACAGGAAAGUCCAAAGGAGGAAAAUGAACAUGAAGUGAAAAAUGCCAGAGUACCGUAUAUUUUUUCAGAAAAAAAGAGACCGACUAGACCUACUGAUCUACCCUUAAAAUCACCCGUGGAGAGAGUGAAUGAUUCAUUACAAAAAUCGGUUAAAAGUCGAUUUUACUUUGGGGCAAACAUGGAAGAACCUAAAUCGCCAAAUGAUCCUGGCUAUGUGCUACACACUGCGUCGAGAUGGGAAGAACAACCUGCUGCAGCCGUGCCACAAAAUGGAUACAAAAACUUUAAAAGAAGUCAAGUAUAGUCUACGAUCUUUAGAAGAAUUCUCUUCUUCGAGUACAUGUUGAGCUGGAUCAAAUGAUUCUUUAUCAUAAUCUUUAGUACCCAUAACACUAGCACCUUUAAUUCUGAUAACAGUAGCCUUAUCAACGCCUAGCAUUCUGGCAUACUG